AUGGGCUAUGGUGUGACUGUGCAAGGUGUGACUGUGCAAGGUGUGACUGAGCAAGGUGUGACUGAGCCCGGUGUGACUGAGCCCGGUGUGACUGAGCCAGGUGUGACUGAGCGAGGUGUGACUGAGCCAGGUGUGACUGAGCGAGGUGUGACUGAGCCAGGUGUGACUGAGCGAGGUGUUACUGAGCAAGGUGUUACUGAGCAAGUUCUGACUCUCUCAGACAGGGAGAUAACCAACUCUCAGCUCUCGGAUAGGGAGAUAACCAACUCUCAGCUCUCGGAUAGGGAGAUAACCAACUCUCAGCUCUCGGAUAGGGAGAUAACCAACUCUCAGCUCUCAGAUAGGGAGAUAACCAACUCUCAGCUCUCGUUCUCAGAUUCUCUUCAUUUCACAGACUGGCAAUUAGAACCCAACAUUCUGAACCCAACUGAGAAUGACAUCCUCAGAUUUGAGAGAACAGAUGAGGUUCUGAAUGGUAGGUUUACUUUACCUGUUGAGCUGCUCAGUCCACUACCCCACCGUGACCCCGAUCCUCAGCCACUACCCCACGGUGACCCCGAUCCUCAGCCACUACCCCACGGUGACCCCGAUCCUCAGCCACUACCCCACGGUGACCCCGAUCCUCAGCCACUACCCCACCGUGACCCCGAUCCUCAGCCACUACCCCACCGUGACCCCGAUCCUCAGCCACUACCCCACGGUGACCCCGAUCCUCAGCCACUACCCCACGGUGACCCCGAUCCUCAGCCACUACCCCACGGUGACCCCGAUCCUCAGCCACUACCCCACGGUGACCCCGAUCCUCAGCCACUACCCCACCGUGACCCCGAUCUUCAGUCACUACCCCACGGUGACCCCGAUCCUCAGCCACUACCCCACGGUGACCCCGAUCCUCAGCCACUACCCCACCGUGACCCCGAUCCUCAGCCACUACCCGACGGUGACCCCGAUCCUCAGCCACUACCCCACGGUGACACAGAUCCUCAGCCACUACCCCACGGUGACCCCGAUCCUCAGCCACUACCCCACCGUGACCCCGAUCCUCAGCCACUACCCCACGGUGACCCUGAUCUUCUGCCACUACCCCACCCUGACCCCAAUCUUCAGCCACUACCCCACCAUGACCCCAAUCUUCAGCCACUACCACACCCUGACCCCUGCACGCAGACAGACGGCAACAAGCUGGGAAGACGAGGACGAGGCAUCAUCACCACCAGCGGGCCCCUAAGCACAGCUCAAGCAUCGAUGUGGUCCUGUAGAGAUUAUGAAGCUAAAUGUGUGUUGCAGGGCGAAGUAACGUCUGUCUACGCCAAGAGCUGCUCCAUCAAGAAGGACGGGAAGUGUCAGACACUGGAGGUGGGCAGCCCUGGUGGCGUGACACUGGAGGUGGGCAGCCCUGGGGGCGUGACACUGGAGGUGGGCAGCCCUGGGGGCGUGACACUGGAGGUAAUCACCCCUGGGGGCGUGACACUGGAGGUAGGCAGCCCUGGGGGCGUGACACUGGAGGUAGGCAGCCCUGGGGGCGUGACACUGGAGGUGGGCAGCCCUGGGGGCGUGACACUGGAGGUGGGCAGCCCUGGGGGCGUGACACUGGAGGUGGGCCGCCCUGGGGGCGUGACACUGGAGGUGGGCCGCCCUGGGGGCGUGACACUGGAGGUGGGCCGCCCUGGGGGCGUGACACUGGAGGUGGGCAGCCCUGGGGGCGUGACACUGGAGGUAAGCAGCCCUGGGAGCGUGACACUGGAGGUAAGCAGCCCUGGGGGCGUGACACUGGAGGUGGGCAGCCCUGGGGGCGUGACACUGGAGGUAAGCAGCCCUGGGGGUGUGACACUGGAGGUGGGCAGCCCUGGGGGCGUGACACUGGAGGUGGGCAGCCCUGGGGGCGUGACACUGGAGGUGGGCAGCCCUGGGGGCGUGACACUGGAGGUGGGCAGCCCUGGGGGCGUGACACUGGAGGUGGGCAGCCCUGGGGGCGUGACACUGGAGGUAGGCAGCCCUGGGGGCGUGAUACUGAAGGUGGGCAGCCCUGGGGGCGUGACACUGGAGGUGGGCAGCCCUGGGGGCGUGACACUGGAGGUGGGCAGCACUGGGGGCGUGACACUGGAGGUGGGCAGCCCUGGGGGCGUGACACUGGAGGUGGGCAGCCCUGGGGGCGUGACACUGGAGGUGGGCAGCCCUGGGGCCGUGACACUGGAGGUGGGCAGCCCUGGUGGCGUGACACUGGUUAUGAUACAGGUUCAAAAUAUGUCUCCUUAA